CGAUUUAAAGGCGCCUACCCGGAAGCGAUCGUCGCCUGGGAAAACGAACGUCGCCAGAGAGUCAAGGCCGUCGCUACGGAGCCCAAAGCGGCCGGGAUGAUGGCAGCCGAGAGCCCGUGUUACCCGAGGUCUUCCAUCGAGGACGAUUUCAACUAUGGCACUAACGUGGCUUCGGCCAGCGUGCACAUCCGCAUGGCUUUUCUGCGAAAAGUCUACAGUAUACUUUCAGUUCAAAUUUUGUUGACCACGGUGACCUCUGCAGCUUUUCUGUACUUCGACACAAUUCGGACAUUUGUACAUGACAGCCCUGCUUUACUUCUGGUAUCCUUGCUUGGUUCUUUGGUUGUGAUUGUGGCAUUAACUCUGUACAGACAUCAGCAUCCAGUUAAUUUAUAUCUUCUUUUUGGAUUUACCCUUUUAGAAGCACUGACAGUUGCUAUUACAGUGACUUUCUAUGAAGUGUCUGUUGUCCUACAAGCCUUUAUUCUAACUACUGCUGUGUUUCUGGCGCUCACUAUAUACACUCUACAGUCGAAAAGGGAUUUCAGCAAACUUGGAGCAGGGCUUUUUGCUUCCUUAUGGAUUCUUCUCCUGGCAAGCUUUUUAAAGCUCUUUUUCUAUAGUGAAGUAGUAGAGUUGGCAUUUGCUGCUGCAGGAGCCCUUUUGUUUUGUGGAUUCAUCAUCUAUGACACUCAUCUGCUAAUGCACAAACUCUCCCCUGAAGAAUACAUAUUGGCUGCAAUCAACCUGUAUUUGGACAUCAUCAAUCUCUUUCUGCACCUGCUGCGUUUGCUAGAAGCAUUUAAUAAAAAGUAAUUGAGAGUUGUUCAAAAUUGUGAGGUAGUGUGGAUGUGGAACCUAAAGAGUUAAUUAAGAACUAGAAAAUCUGCAGUAUGUUUUAAGCUUGAAAGUUUGUUUUUACAUUCCGUGGUGAUUUCAGUGUUCUCUAUAUAAAGGAUGUUUCAGAGAGCUGAUGUUUAAGAUUCUAUUCUGAGAUCAGCUAAUUACAUGUUGCAGUCAUCUUGGCUGUUUGGUAAAGGCUUCAUUCCACCCAUUUGCAUAUUAUUAUUGAUCGAAAGCCUUGCUCAUCAAACUCCAAUUGUGCCAAUAAGCACUAUUAAAAUUCUAUUUUAUUUUUCCAGUGAUUGUCACAGAUGUGUCCUUUGAGAUUGACAAUAGUCACUGGCUGGAUAGCAUAAAAUUGAGCCUCCUUAAUUUUUUCUAUUCAACGCUGAAGCUUUAAACAAGCUAAAAUUCCAUUGUUGGUGGUCACUUGCGGCACACUUAGUUAUUAGCAUUUUGAUUUGAAAAAAUAAUCCUGCAACAUGACACUCCUUGAAAAGUUGUAAUAUAUUUCUACCUAAAUAAAAUCAAAUGGCUGCAUUUCCAAAUAUUCUGGAAGAAAUAAUAUCUGUACAGUAUCUUGCAUUUUGCCCUCGGAUCAAGGGGUAGCUUGAUUUCAAAAGCGGGUAGCUGGUGAAAGUAAAAAUGUAUGUGAUUGUUUGGCAGCAGUUUCUUCUAUUCUGAAGGCCUGCAUUAAGGAACUACUUACUUUGGGCCUGUAUUCCAGGUUUGUGCAAUUUUAAGAAGUUCAAAAGAUAUGUGUCAUAUCCUCCUGUUUUCCAUUGAGCCUUAUGGAAUGCUGGAAAAGUUUGAAGCACAUUUUUAAUUCCUUCUCAAGGCAUUUUCAUUAAUUGUCAGUAAGGGGUAAAAUAUUUCUGUGCAGUAGAAUAUUGGUUGCAGUGGAGUAUUGGACAGUGUUUGGUCUUGUACUGUGAAAUGCUGGCAGAGCAGGAGAAGCAAUUACAUUCCAUCUGCUCUUCUAUUAGGAUAAUAUUAAGAACUGACGAAAAUAAAUUUUAUGAAAUGUUAA